ACCAGAUUGCAUGCAUGCAAGAGAUCGUUGAGCCAAAAAGUCGCGUAACCUACACCGCGCCCGCAAGGUACCAACUUCCUCUUGCCCAUGACAACGGAGGGGCAUGCCAACGCCGUCGCGGCUCUGCCGCCGCCGCCGGGGCGCUACGUCCAAGAAACGUACAUCGUGCAGUUCCCCAAAGACCAAGUGUACCGCGUGCCGCCGCGUGAGAAUGCCUUGUUCUUAGAACAGUUCCGGAAGCCGGUGACCGUCAAGAAAACGCGCCGUUUCGGCUGUCGCUGCGGUCGCGUCCUUCUCACUGUCGUUCUCGUCGUGGUAUCUGUCGUCGCCGUCGUUGGCAUAACGCUGGCCACGCUGUACUUUAUCUUCAGCCCCACGGGACCCACAUUUGGCGUCGGAAACUUGGCUGUGAAAAGCGGCGGCGCGUACAGGAACUCGCGGGCGCAGUACAGGGUUUCUUUGAGAGUGCAUAACCCGAACGAUAAGCUGGGGAUCCAUUAUGCGGCGGGUGACGUGUGGCUGUUCUACGAGAGGACGAAGGUUGCGGCGGGGCGGUUUCCGUCGUUGGAUCAGGGUCGAGAAGAAUUAAGCACGGUGAUAGUUAUGAUGAGUGGACCCAGUGCAGUGGUUCGCAGGGUAAGCAACAGUAGGGAGCAACCUGUGGCUUUGAAAUUGGAGAUGAAGCUUGGGAUGAGGAUCAGAAUCGCCGGAAUUGAAACGUGGCUUAUGAGGUCCAAUGUCUACUGCGACUUUGAGGUCACCGAUUUCGGGAACAAAACCCGAGUCUCGUCGCAAGACUGCUACACCGAAUUCAAAGAAUAUUAGAUAAUUAAUUAUUAAUUAUCCUUAUCAUGGGAUGUGUUCUGUUGCUUGUGUGGUGACGUCAUUAAUUUCUUCUUAUUUUUCUUUUCCUGUUUGUUAAUUAUUGCAUUAUGCAAUUAAGUGAUGUUGAGUAGGGAGAUAUCUAAGAUCUCA